CUGCGGGUUGCCCUUCGGCCCCGAAUCCAUUGGCGGUUCGGUUGGCCGCUGCCAGUUCCACCGUAUGAAGGAGCGCGCUUUCCGGGGCCGAAGCUCCUUGGUUCAAGCCUUGCGUCCCACGGCGGCUUGGGUUUGAAGUCCAGGGAGCUCCGUUAUCGGCAAGACUCCCAGAGCCAGUGCGACGUCUUUCCGCGAUGCCCGUCCUGGAGAUAUGUAGUCGGACUAUCGAUGCGGUGCAGAUCACGUGCAUCGUGUUCUGCGCAGCCCUGUUGCUGGGACGCCCGAUCCGACAGCUUGGGAUCAGGGGUGGCUUGCGAUCCUGCAUUGGUGGUCUAGUUGCUCAUCUGCGUUCGCUAUCCAGGAGAGCGAGCAGCAUGAUUGCGUGCAGCGUCACUUGCUCUCAAGAUGCUGUUCGCAAGCAUGAGUUGAGCAUGAGGACUGACCUCGCGGGGCGUUGCUGCCAUCUGGUUGCCUCUUUGUCGCUUCUGUUUCUCCCAGUGGCAUUCUUCAUAGAUGACGAUCGUGAUCACGCAACUCCGCGGCGCCUGUAUAUGUGUGUCGUAGUAUUGGUUUCGGUCGUUCUCCAUGUUUUCCCAAGCUUGAUGACACCACAGUCGCUUCAUGUUUGGUAUUCGGUGAUUGCGACUGUUUCCGUGCUGACGAUGUCUCCGUUGUUCCAGUCCGCCGAAUCGAUUGUUCAUCUUCGACCUUAUAUCGUUUUUGAUUGCAUGAUAUCCAUUGUUAUGGACAUGUGCCUCCCAGUGAACAUGAUGUGGACGGCGAUUCAAUAUAUGGUCGCUGUGCUCACGGUAGUCACUAGUGAUUUCAGCAACAACCCUUGUCUGAAUUCGAACCCUACCCUGGUGACAGACGUUCUCAGAGACUGGUGUCUUGUAAAUGCAGCUUUGGUGAUGUUCAAUGCUGGUUUCUGCCAGGUUGCGCGCUUUCAGCUAGAGGGUAAGACUUCAAGAAGCGAGCUGCGGGCUGCAAAGUCGAUCUUGGCAGGCGUGUGCGAUGCUGUGGCGGAGCUCGAUGCUGAGCUGCGGCUUUCGCAGCCUGCGCAGGGGCUGGCAACAGUGCUAAUGCUACAUCCGUCGCGAAUGCUGGCCGGAGAGAAGCUAACAUCGCUCAUUCCUUCAGAGGCAGAUCGCAAGAAAUUGGUCCGAGAGGUAACCUCCAGAACCAACGGCGACGGCUUCUGCAAGGCUUUUCACGUGAGCAUGCGGGACAGCAGGGGCAUCGCAGUACCGAUGGAGGUAUUUUGUGUUCGCGUCCACAGUUGCGAUAACAAGGAGUACCUCCUCGGCUUUCGGGAGUUUGCGGACACAGCGUCGGCCAUGCCUCAGCCAACUCUGCGUGCGUUGAAGAGUGAUGUUCAGGGUCGCCGUUCGUCCGUAACGGAAAAGUCCAGCACUUGCACCUAUGAGCGCGAGACCUCCCAGGAGUCAACUUUACCUCAUGUUGCUGUUUGUGUUUGGUUCGACGCCCUGUCGCCUGAGCUCACCAUGCUGUGCUGCAGCAGCGCCUUCGAGGCCUUCGUCGGCUGCCCUUGGGAACAGAUAUGCGGGCUGGAGCAGAGUCUCCUGCGGUGUGCCCGGCCGGAUCAGCGAGACGAUUUCCGAUAUUGGAUUAGCUACUGCGUCAGCCAGUUCGACGAGAAUGCCGAUGAGUCUAGCCAGCUGCCGCUCUCCGUAAACAAGACAUGCUUCCGCUUCAGCAAGCACCACCACCUCUUCCGCCUCGCUAUUCAGAACCGUGUGACGCUGGUUUUGACGCCGCAAGAUGGCGAGCAUUGGCCCGUGGGGGCGGGCCAGCCUUCGCGGGUAGCAAAGCUCGUGCUUGACCGGCCGAAGUGGAUCCAGGACGGACGUUGCUGGGGAGGGCCCGUUGCCUCUUCGCUGUCCGGCGGCACCGCAGUGCCGCCAGGCGGCCCCGGCCCCGAAGCCCAGGCUGCUCCCGCGCCGCCGGGCGCACCCAUGCCUGGGCCCGACGCCGCCUCGGACUGCAGCGCCUUCGACAGCGGGGUGGGCACCCUCGGCGAACACCAGGCCUGCAGCGGGGGCGCAGUGCGCGGUGGUCGCCAUGAAGUGGGCAGAACGGCGGUUGCGGCCGUGGCAGCGGAGGCAGAGAGGGCGGUGGCCGAGAUGGUUGCGCCAGCCUGUCGUUGUGAGUCCGCUCGGCGCAUCUCCCCGCGCCCUUGCCCCCCCGCUUCGUCCCCUAGUCGGCGGCUGCCAUCGCUAAUACCAUAAUUUCGUGUGCAUUAGAUUUGAUGCGAAGGGCAAGUCAGGCGCCCUGGGCUGGGCACGCGAGUCACUGCACUCGUGGCCAUUUUGGCUCAGCUGGAGUGCGCGCUGCGCCAACCGCCCACCCGCCCUGCAUCGUCACUCUGGGCGCUGGGUAGGGGUCUCCGUCGCGCGACCGGAGCGCCCCGCUCUUGGCACGCCAGUCGCGAUUCAAGGCUACGUCAGCUACUUCGACCAAUAUGAAAGGCUUCGCCCUAUGCCGUUGUGCCCCCCCCACUCUGAUUGCCGAUUGCUGCGUGGGUGCGUCGAUUGGGUCGGCUGCUUGAUCGGCUGAUUGGUAUGCAGGCUGGCAACUCUGCUGGCUUGCUGGCUGUAUGGAUGCAUUUUUACGCGAGAGAUCGUGGCUUCGGGAAUCCAGCCGCCUUCAGAAGCGAACUGCGGCCAUCGCCCAAAUGGGUUCUGAGUGCUGCCCGUAGGUCGAUCCAUCCCAACCUUUAGUACCAUUCUGUCUCUGGCCUGGCCGCGGGCGCGGCCGAGCGCCGUUCGUCUAGGCGUCGCCUGGCCAAGCCAAGCGAGGUGUGAAGCGGAGGUCAGACUUCUGUUGUCAUGCUUGAAUCGCUGUGGCUUCCAUGGGUCCUGAGUCUUGAGUCGUGAGGAUGAAGAAGGAAGAACGUGCCCAGGCCGGACUCAGGCACAAUUCAGGGAACUUGCCACCAGACAUGGGCGGUAGUCCUCUUGUGGGUUCCCCAAGCGGGCUCUCAGGCCGAACAGUGCUCAGGCCUCUUGCCUCUUGGCUUUCCUUCCUUGCCCCACCAACGGCCAGCGCAUGCGCUGUCUGAUCGACGCGCGUUGGCCCGCCUGUUGCAGCCUGGCCCUCGCGCGAUUCCUGGGUUCGUUCGCGAUG